AAGAUUUUUGGGCUUAGAUCCACACCAAAAAUAUGGAUUGAUCAUUGUAAUUAUAAUGGUGAUUAGUAUGACAAGCGGACUUAUUCCAAUGGUAAGGUAGACAUAUUGGGGAUGCAAGUUAUAGAAAUAGUACUAUAGUUAAAAUGUGUAAAGUAAUUGAAUUCUGCGUAAUAAAUUAAACAGUCAAAUAAUGUCAUUAAACAACUGGAACUUAUAAUUCAUUAGUCAAUCGUAUUGUAUGGAUCAUUAUACACCAAGAAUCUGGACAUGGUGCUCGAGUGUUUGCCACAUUUAGGUGCACUUUUGACCAGUGUCGUUAAAAUAUUGAAUGUUCAUCUAAACAGAGAAAACUUUAGAAAAUUGUUCGAUUCUAUAACGAAAGAAUGGCAGCAGCUGAAAUUAAGUCAAGAUUUGUACAUUCUGGAAGAAGUCACCAUACGGGGCAGCAAAAUGGCGAAAUUGUAUCGAAAUACUUUAUUAAUAUGUAUGGCACUUUUUUUACUCAUUCCACUGAUUCCUCCAAUGUUGGAUAUCGUUCUUCCACUAAACGAAACUCGACCACGACAACAACUUGUUAAUGUUAAUUACGUGCUUUUUGACAGCGAUAACUAUUUUUUUUAUGUGUACUUACAGUUAUCUUGGGCGUCAGUAGUAGUUUCGAUAAGCAUAGUUACCGUAGAUUCUUUAUUGAUGCUUAUAGUUCACCACAAUAGUGGACUAUUUGUAGUAUGUGGGCACCAAAUCCAGAAAAAUACAAGGAACUUAAAUUCGUUCACUAAUGAAGUUAUGUCGGAACGUUACACAUACAAACAGAUCAGAAAUUGCGUGAUCAUGCACAAUAAAGCCAUAGAGUUUUACGAUAUAUUAGAUGAAAACAAUCGAAUUAGCUAUAUGAUUCAAACUGGACUAAAUAUGAUUGGUAUAACCACGACAGCUGUUCAAACAGUCAUUAACUUAGAUAGACCGGGAGAAUCAAUUAAAAGCGCCGUGCUAUGCGGUGCUAAUCAGUUUCAUUUGUUUAUGCUUAGUUUACCUGGACAAAUACUUGUAGAUCAUUGCACCGAACUAACGAAACAAUUCAGAUACGAUUCUACAUGGUAUGGAGCACCAAUAGGAGUUCAAAAAAUGCUUUACAUGAUGCAAAUAAGAACUAGAAGGCCAUGUACAUUAACUGCGUGUGGAUUAUACCAAAUGAACAUUGAGAACUUUGGAACUACCUUCAAAACCUGCAUGUCGUAUAUUACGAUGAUAAUGUCAUUGAAAGGAUGAAGUUCACUAUUACCUCCAUAUCCGUUGCAUUUUAUACUUGGACUGAGUAAGCAUGAAGAUGGUAUAAUAACCGAUAUAAUAGUUUAUCAUUAUAUCGAACGUAUA